AUGGCAACUUCCUUCGAUAAGGAUAGACGUCCCAAAGUAGGCGUAGGUGUUUUAGUCAAAAGUUCAUACCAUCCUGGUUGCGUUUUAUUAGGGAAACGAAAGGGAAAUAUUGCAGGCCAAGGACUAUUUGCUUUACCGGGCGGUCACCUUGAAUUCGGGGAAAGUUGGGAAGAUUGUGCGAGUCGCGAACUUAAGGAAGAAACUGGUCUUUUUGCAAAUUCUACGAGGUUUGUCACCGCUGUCAAUGCGGUCAAUAUUGAGACCGACUACCACUAUAUCACCAUUUUCAUGGAGACUUUACUAGACGGCGAAUUGGAACCUCAAAAUUUGGAGCCAGAUAAAUGCGAAGGUUGGCAUUGGAUGCCGUGGGAGAGUUUCCCCAGCAACGACGCGCUGUUCUACCCUCUGCGUGUGUUCCGGGAACUCCAACAGUAUAACUGCAAUUCAUAGUGAUUGGCGUCGUGGACUUAAAUUAACUAUCGUUGAAGAUCCUUGUUUCCAGCAUUCGCUUAUCAGUUUUGAUUUCAAUAACCAUUAAUUGCAAGCUCGAUUUUUUUUAACAUUUAUUGGUUCAGUCUGCGCAUUUCACACGUUAACUUACCCAUCACAGUAUUUAUGUGGAACACUUUUUCAUUGAUUUUACCAAUGUAGAUUACGAAAACUUAAAUAUGCUUCUGAAUCAAUUCAGACAUGAAGAUAUAUGUAAGUUUCAUGUUUGCGAGCUUUAAAUACAUUAAUAAGUGAU